AUGAAUGAAAGAAAACUACGGAUUGCUGUUCAAGGUUGUUGUCAUGGUGAAUUAAACAAGGUGUUUGCAACUGUAGCAGACAUGCAUAAAAGAACACCCAUAGACUUAUUAAUAAUAUUAGGUGAUUUUCAAAGUAUACGUGAUAAUUCAGACUUCCAAUCUAUCAGUAUACCUCCAAAAUAUCAAAAGCUUGGUGAUUUCCAUGCUUAUUAUGAAAAUGAUUAUUACAGGGCUCCUGUAUUUACCAUAGUGAUAGGGGGGAAUCAUGAGAGUAUGCGUCAUCUAAUGCAGUUACCUUAUGGAGGCUAUCUCGCAAAUAACAUCUAUUAUAUGGGGUACUCGGGUGUAGUGUGGUUCAAGGGUUUUAGAAUUGCCGCGUUAAGUGGUAUUUGGAAGGAAUGGGACUUUGAGAAGAAGAGACCUUCAUGGAAAUUCCUCGAAGAAAAUAAUAAAUGGAAGGAUAGUGUACGGCAACUUUAUCACAUUAGAAAAGAUGAUGUUGCACCUUUGUUUGCCUUAUCUGAUAAUAUUGACAUAUGUUUAAGUCACGACUGGCCCUCUGGUGUUGUACAUUAUGGGAAUGUUAAGCAACUAUUAAAGUAUAAGCCAUUUUUUGAAAAAGAUAUUAAAUCUGGUAAACUGGGUAACCCUAUUGCUUGGAAAUUGCUUACCAAUUUAAAACCUCGUUGGUGGUUCAGCGCUCACCUGCAUGUUAAAUACGAAGCGGAGAUAACACAUAAUAAAAGGAGACUUGCUGAUAGUAAAGGUGCUAAAAAACUAAAGUCAAACUCCGAUGAGAUUGAAUUGAAUUUGGAUGAUGAGUCAUCUCUUGAUUUAAGUUGUCAUGAUGACAGCUUGGACUCGGCUGAGCAUACCCGCUUUUUAUCACUGGAUAAAUGCAUGCCUAGAAGAAAGUGGUUAGAAAUUGUAGAAAUUGAAAAAAGAUAUGAUAGUAUACCACAAGGUUUGGAUUGUGAUAAAAUGUAUUGGGAUCCUUCUUAUAUAAUAGCUCUACAGAAUUUAGAAAAGCAGUCUAGAUUGGUUGCGGAUACGCCAUUCAACGAAAUCAUUUGGAGUAGAUUCUCUUCUGGACACAUAGACGACAUUAACUGGCACAAAUAUGAGAUACCCAAAUAUGAAUCCGGAUUACAAAGAGAUGAAGCAUCUCAAACAAAUUACUUUUUAAGUAAACAUAUGCUAUCAAAAGGCAGUCGAUAA